CAUGCACAGGCACUUCCUAAUUCCUUGACCGUCACCUUGUUUAUCAUUGUAAAUAAAAGUACACCCCCACUGACAUUGACAACACACGUAAAAUAAUGGAAGGUGGUGUGAUCUCCGUCACAGGGAAUUGAGGCAGGAGCGACGAAUACGAGAGACAGCACGACUGCUAUCUACAAGUUUGGUGAAGCAAAAUGAUCCACGAUAUGCACCAGUCUCAAAGCCAGAAGGCCGUCAGACAGUGUCCAUGAUCCCUGGUGACGGGGUUGGGCCAGAGCUCAUGCAGAGUGUACGCGAUGUCUUUACACAAGGAGGCGUGCCCGUUGACUUCGAGGAGGUCUUUCUGAGUGAGGUGAACCCAGUUCAGAGUGUCACUGUGACUGAGGCCGUUGAGUCGUUGCAGCGGAAUAAUGUUGGUUUAAAGGGUAUUAUAGCCACGCCCACUAACAUGACAGGCGGGGUACUUCAGACCGUCAACAUGAAGGUCAGGAAGGAGUUAGACAUGUUUGCCAAUGUGGUACGAGUGAAAAGCCUGGCUGGAUUCCCCACACGUCACAACAAUCUUGACUUUGUUAUCAUCCGAGAACAGACAGAGGGCGAGUACAGUGCCCUUGAGCAUGAGAGUGUGAAAGGUGUAGUUGAGUCAUUGAAGAUUGUCACACGAGGCAACUCAAUGCGAAUUGCCAAGUUUGCAUUUGACUAUGCCACAAAGCAUGGGAGAAAUAAAGUGACAGCAGUUCACAAGGCCAACAUUAUGAAAUUAGCAGAUGGUCUCUUUCUCGAUUGCUGUCAUCAAGUCUCCAAGCUCUAUCCAAAAAUAGAAUUUGAGUCGAUGAUCAUUGAUAAUUGUUGUAUGCAGCUUGUAUCCAACCCACACCAGUUUGAUGUGAUGGUCAUGCCCAAUCUUUAUGGUAACAUCGUGGAUAAUCUUGCAUCUGGUUUAGUUGGAGGAGCCGGGGUUGUGCCAGGGGAAAGCUUCAGUCAUCAUGUUGCCGUCUUUGAACCAGGCGCACGACAUCCAUUUGCUCAAGCGGUCGGCCGCAACAUUGCCAACCCAAGCGCCAUCUUACUGAGCUCGGCAAACAUGCUCAAACACAUGCAUUUGGACUUCCACAGCCAGCUUGUCGAGGAUGCUGUGUGUAAAGUGAUCAAGACGGGCAAGGUUCGCACACCAGACAUGGGCGGUUAUUCAACAACGAGUGAAUUUACCAAAGCUGUUAUUGAAGCGCUUAAUUAAUGAUUCACUGAAGUAAUGGAAAUAAAUGAACAUAUGAUAAUGUAUAUUAGGAUUUGUUAUAUCAUAAUGUCCUAGUGUGGACUGUUAAACUCCUCUAUCUAACAGCCGAAUUUGAAGUACAUUUUCUAAAACGUUCAGUGAAAUUUCACUGUCAUAAAUUUUAGCGAAAAAUAGUUUUUUGAAUGAUAAAAGCAUUUGUAAAUUCAAAUGAAAUCAUUUGGGUUGACAAUAGGACUAGAUUUGUUCGAUUGUCCGAUACUGUUAUCAGUGUUGAUGUGGGUAUCUUCUCAGGCUGGUUUUACAUGUACAACCUCUCUAUUAAGGACACCCACGGGACUGACAAAUGCUGUCCUUAAUAGAGAGGUGUCCUGAUUAGAGAGGUCAAAUUGAAUGGAAAGUACCAAUUUGGGACCAUAACUAGUGUCCUUAAUAGAGAGGUUGUCCCUAAUAGAGAGGUGUCCGCUAAGGGAGGUUCCACUGUACUUGCACUUGAACAUUGUUGUCAACCGAUAGCUGUUUUUAGGUUAGAAGUAUUUGUUAUGAUAUUUUAGGCAAUGUUGCCUAUUAAAUUAUU